CUACUCUGCUAUUCUCUCUCCUCUGUAUGUAUCUACUGCACUAAUUAGAACCCAUAAAAGGAAAAAUCGGACAGUGCCCACAAAUCUCGGAUGUUUACCGGAAGCUCCGAACCCACCCCGACCUGAUUUCUCGGCCCCACUCCCUCCCCUGCUCAGCUCUCUCUCCGCUCGCGGUAUCUGCCCUUUAGCUGCGGGCGAUAUGAUUCCGUUCCAAACAGUGCAAGAAUCGCCAUAGUUUCCCGAUCCGGCUCUUCCCCAUGUUUCCUUGAUUCUGUGUACAGAUUUCACCAUUUCUGUCGAGUCCAGCUUCUGGGUAGAGCUCAAAUUGAGCCAGAGCUUGACAGAAGUUCGGAAAGACGAGAUCUUGAGGACGGGAUUCAGCUGGCCACUGGUACGUUCCCUGGGUUCUUGAAAUUUGUGCUUAGAGCUUAAAUCUGCGGUAGCUUCGGCUGAGUAUUGCUUGAGGAUAAAGAUUUACAUACGUUUGCGUGCAAAAUGAAGGUCUUGCUUAGGUGGGAUUCAUAGGGAUGGGACGCUUUGUCAAAUGUUGGGGAAGGUUUUGUCUCAUGUUUUUCGGUUUGGGUUUUAGGUGACAAAUGGGUAGAAAUCUCAGCCCUGUCCUGCGUAGGGAGUUGGCUAAUUUGGACAAGGACGCGGAUAGCCGUAAAUCGGCAAUGAAAGCCCUGAAGUCCUAUGUGAAGGACUUGGAUUCGAAGGCGAUCCCGAUGUUUCUCGAGCAAGUUUCCGAGACCAAAGAGACCGGGUCCUUGUCGGGAGAGUACACUAUCUCGCUCUACGAGGUCCUUGCUCGUGUUCAUGGUGUCAACAUUGUCCCUCAGAUAGACAGCAUCAUGUCUACCAUAGUUAAGACCUUAGCUUCGAGUGCGGGAUCGUUUCCCCUCCAGCAGGCAUGCUCGAAGGUGGUACCUGCAAUUGCGAGGUACGGAAUGGACCCCACCACCCCGGAGAACAAGAAGAGGCAUAUAAUUCACUCUCUGUGUAGGCCACUCUCCGACUCUCUGUUGGGUUCUCAGGAAAGCUUGACAUCAGGGGCAGCCCUCUGUUUGAAGGCCCUCGUGGAAUCGGAUAAUUGGCGGUUUGCUUCAGAUGAGAUGGUGAACACAGUCUGCCAGAAUGUGGCUGCGGCUUUGGAGGAGAAGUCGACUCAGACCAAUUCUCAUAUGGGACUCGUCAUGGCUUUGGCAAAGCACAACGCCCUUACAUUCGAGGCUUACUCCAGGCUUUUGAUUCAAUCGGGUUUAAGAAUCCUUCAUGCAGGGGCUCUGGAGUCGAACUCUCAGAAGCGUUUGUCUGCGAUUCAAAUGGUGAAUUUCAUGAUGAAGUGUUUGGAUCCGAGGAACAUAUACCCCGAGCUGGAGCUGAUAACUAAAGAGAUGGAGAAGUGCCAAUCUGAUCAGAUGGCUUUCGUGAGAGGAGCUGCCUUUGAAGCUUCGCAGACUGCCAGGAGAAUCAUGACAGAGAAAGGGCCGAAGUUUGAGAAGAACUUGAGCCCAUGCACCGGGUCAAAUUUUAGCAGCAGGGACAAUAACCGGAGGAGGAACAUCAUAUGGGGUUCAGGGGAUCAGUCACCUGAAUCACAGACCCUUGAUUCCUUCAUCGAGUAUGAUUAUCUUGUUGGGACCCCUCUUUCCUCGAGGCCAGUUUCUCCAACCUCUGGCUUUGAUCAGAGGAGCGUGAACAGGAGGCUGUGGAGGUAUGAGAACGGAGGGGUAGAUGUUUCGCUGAAGGACGGGUUAUUCUCAAAGUUGGCUCAUGAAAAUGGAGUCUCAGGUUCAGAUUAUGGGCACACUAUGCAUCACGAUAGCAAUGGUAAUGGAGUACACCGUGCAGAUGAUUUCCUCGGUUUCCACGAGAGAAGUCCCAGGAGGUCAUCUGUGACAAGAAGUCUUACUCCUAGUCCCCAGAGGCCCCGCUCCCAAAUUAACGUCGACAACAUCAAAAUCUUCACUACUCCGAGGAAGCUUCUCCACUCCCUUCAGGACUCCAGUCUCACGAGCUCCGGAUCGACAGAGAAGAGCCUGAGGAGGUUCAGGAGUCCGUCCUCGAGCGUCUCAGACUGGAGCCCAGUGAGUAAGUACGGUGGAAAUGGUUCCCAGUAUGAUCCGAAUGAUGAAAAUAAAGAGAAUGGAAGCUCGUAUGAUGGAACUGAACAACUCAUCGGCCGAUCCGAAUCUGUAUCUUCAACUAAGGAUGUUAUGCCUGCCGGUGAUCACGACGAAAUAGCACAGAGAGUGGAUGCUCCCGUAGACAUGGCAAAGAAGGAGGUGAUUGGCCGGGGAAAGAUUCGAAAGGGGUCAUAUUUUCUACUGGGUUUCAGCCUCUUCGUGCUCGUGCUUGCAAUCAUCGCAUCACCGUUGUGGUUUGACGAUCAGCGCGAAAGAUCCCAUCUCGCUCCUACUUGAAAUCUGUCUUAAAUUAUCAAUCAAUUUGGAUUACGAACUACUGUAGUGUAGACCUCUCCUGUCGUUGAGAUGCUCCUUUUCGUGUCCUGAUGUUCUGUUGAGAGGGAUUAUUGUAGCCUGAAUUUGAAUCUCCGAAGUACAAUUUGCUGAAUAGGAGAAAAUUUUUUUUAUCACA